AUGGAAUCGGUUCAGCUGUCUCAUUCGGGAUCGACAACACAUUCCAGCUCGAUCCCCGGCAUGUUCUCGCCCGAUCGCUCUUCGCAUGUCAAUUCCAGUGGGUCAAUCGCAGAUGACCAACUCCAACGGGCUCCCAAUCGGGAGGAGCGAUUCACAUCAUGGGUAGCCGACCAUCGUCUCGACCUGGAACAGCGAAUCCUUGGUGACCGCGCUGAGCGUCGCGAAUCGCGUCUACCUGGUCGACCAGCACCGUCGCAUAGUUCUCUCAGAGAUGCUGCUGCAUCUCAAUAUGCGCCAAGAGGACCGUAUGUCCCAAUUGAGUUGCAGUCCGCAGCAGCAGGAAGCUCCGGCGAAACACGGUCGCAUGCGCGCUCAGGUCGAGAUUCGCAUGGAGCACACUCCCCGCCAGACCCUGAAGACCUCCGAUGCAGGCAAUCGUUCGUAUCACGGCUGAAGGAGAAGAAGCUGCGGAGGCGACUGAUCACGCUAGUUAUAUCCGCAUGUUUCCUCAUACUCGUUAUCGCCAUUUACCUCGCAUUCGCUGCUUCCCGUACGACAUUGGGCCGAGAGCUCCAAAUUCUUCUCAUCUUCAUGAUCUUAAUUCUUGGCAUUGUUUUCUGUCAUUCUCUCACGCGCUUCUUGAUGGCACUGUUACGACGGCCGGACUCUGAUGUCGCUACGAAUCGCAUACCCAGCAGGGCAGGGCCAGCCGGCUAUGCGCAACCAGCGCGUCCUAUCCACGUUAUUUUGGCUGGCGAUGAGGACGUUGGAGCAGCGAGCCCGAAUGCCGUACGCGAAAAGGUCACAGCGCCUCCUCCCGCCUACGGUCUUUGGCGGGAAAGUGUGAGGAUUAACCCCGACUUGCUGUACUGGCAGCGCAUCGAGAAUAACAACGCACACGCGCCAAAGGGCGUCGGCAGGCAUGGGAGCAACAAAUCGCGGAUCCCACGGCCGCCUAGCUACACCUCUGACAACGGCGUCGACUAUGUGAUAGAAGCGCAACCCCGAUCAUUCACGCAAUGGCGCAUUCCUGAAGAAUCAGGGCAUCAACCGUGA